ACCUGUGGAGGCGCGUAAUUUCGAACCGCCAUAUUGUUUUGGGCUUGUGUAAGAAAUGCUGAAAACCUUCAUCUUCUUUCUCUCUUUUUUUCAUGGCUCUAGCUAUAAAGCAAUGCAGUAGAUUACCAAGCAAUACAUGGAAUCUCACUGUAUUUAUUUGUCGCCGUGUUUCCACGCGCGAUUCACCGUGUCGCCGCCGAGUGGUUGUUACAGGUGUAGGUCUUGUUACACCUCUUGGGUCUGGCACAGAGUAUGUUUGGCGGAGGCUGAUAAAUGGGGCAUGUGGACUUGCUUGCAUUUCUGAUAAAGAUUACAAUGGAAUCCCUUCAAGAAUAGCUGGAUUUGUACCAGCAGGAACUGGAGAAGGAGAAUUUGAUCAAACUAGCUGGCACAAAUCUGUGGACAAGAGGAGUACAUCUGAUGAAGCAUACUUCGCAGUUGCAGCUGCACAAGAGGCUUUUGAUAGUUGUGGGUGGACUCCAGCAACACAGGAGGAAAAAGAGAAAACAGGUGUGUCAAUUGGUACUGGAAUAGGAGACACUAAGGGUCUUCCUGAAAUGGGGGCAAUACUGAAAAAUCAGGGUUACAAGAAAGUUGGCCCGUUUUUUGUGACUAGAAGUCUUCUGAGCAUGUCUUCUGGGAUAGUUAGCAUGUAUUUCAAUUUGCAAGGACCAAACCAUGCUGUAGCCACGGCUUGUGCGGCAGGAGCCCAUGCUAUUGGAGAUGCAUAUCGUAUGAUUGCUCAUGGUGAUGCCAAUGUCAUGCUUGCUGGAGGAACAGAAUCUGCUAUCACCCCACUGUGUAUGGCAAGCCUUUGCAAGGCCCGAGCACUGACCACCAAGUACAAUGACUCCCCGCAUGAGGCCUCCCGUCCAUUUGACAGGGAUCGCUCUGGUUUUGUCAUUGCUGAAGGAGCAGGCAUACUUGUUCUUGAGGAGCAUCAGCACGCAGUUAGUCGAGGUGCACAUAUCUACGCUGAGAUGCUGGGUUAUGGGCUUUCAGGAGAUGCUCACCAUAUAACAGCACCUAGUCAGGACGGUCGUGGUGCUUACCUUGCUAUGAGCAAUGCCCUUAGAGAUGCUGGACUUAGCCCAUCUGACAUACAUUACAUCAAUGCACAUGCUACCUCAACCCCACUAGGUGAUGCUGUGGAAAACAGAGCUAUUGUCCGGUUGUUUGCCAAUGAUAACAGACAACAUGAGUUAAAAAUUUCGUCAACAAAAGGAGCUGUUGGGCACUUGCUGGGGGCUGCUGGCGCCGUGGAAGCCAUAUUUACUAUCUUAGCCCUAAAAAAGGGCCUAUGUCCACCAACACUGAAUCUACAAAACUUUGAUCCCGAAGAGGAUUUCCAACGCUUCAACUAUGUUGCUAACAACGCUCAACCACUGACUACGGAUCCAAGUACCACACGACUUGUUGCUCUGACGAACUCUUUCGGCUUUGGCGGCACUAAUGCUUGUUUGUGCAUAGGCCAAUAUGUGGAAUGAACAAUUACCGAAAACCUAUUAAAUUGUGGAUUUUGAUAA